CCGAUAACCCAUAAUUCUUCACCAACGCGUGCAACUUCCCUCUUAUUUUUGUUUAGUGACUUCCACCCACGACCCCUCCCCUCCUAAAAACCCUGUACUUUCCCUUCCGUCACACAUGCCCCGACUUUUUACUGCCUCGACCACUCUGACCAGCGCUACUGCACCUGAUUGCCCUUUUCUGCCUCACCCUUCUUUCUUUCCUCCACCCACCCGCGCAAGUUUUCCUCAUUUCUUUUUCCCCGAACAAAACACCACUAUCGCCAUCACUUUCACAACUUCACUCCACUUCCCAACAACCGUAAAAUCUUGACCUGACACACCAACACUCCGUGUUACCGACAGUGUCCAUAUUCUCAACCCCCUUUCCGAACGUCAACACUUGUCCCGCACUUUCAUUUCCAUAGCCAAGCCGAACAUGUCUAACGACCGCGAGAGCAAGACUUUCCUCGCUCGCCUCUGCGAGCAGGCCGAGCGCUACGAUGAAAUGGUCGGCUACAUGAAGGAGGUCGCCAAGCUGGGCGGUGAGCUCACCGUCGACGAGCGUAACCUCCUCAGCGUCGCCUACAAGAACGUCGUCGGUACUCGUCGUGCUUCGUGGCGCAUCAUCUCCUCCAUUGAGCAGAAGGAGGAGAGCAAGGGCUCGGAGAAGCACGUCACCAUCAUCCGCGAAUACCGCUCCAAGAUCGAGACGGAGCUCGAGCAGGUCUGCCAGGAUGUUCUUGACGUCCUCGAUGAGAGCCUGAUCCCCAACGCCCAGACCGGCGAGUCCAAGGUCUUCUAUCACAAGAUGAAGGGAGAUUAUCACCGCUACCUGGCCGAGUUUGCCUCCGGUGAGAAGCGCAAGAAUGCCGCUACUUCGGCUCACGAGGCGUACAAGAGCGCUACCGACGUUGCCCAGACUGAGCUGACGCCCACUCACCCCAUCCGCCUUGGCCUGGCCCUCAACUUCUCCGUCUUCUACUACGAGAUUCUCAACUCGCCCGACCGUGCUUGCCACCUCGCCAAGCAGGCUUUCGAUGAUGCCAUCGCCGAGCUUGACUCUUUGUCCGAGGAGUCUUACCGCGACAGCACGCUCAUCAUGCAGCUGCUCCGCGAUAACCUUACUCUCUGGACCUCGUCCGACUCCGGCGAGCCUGAGGGUGCUGCUGCCGCCGGUCAACCCGAGGCGGAAAAGAAGGAGGAGGAACCCAAGGCCGAGGAGCCUAAGGCUGAGGAACAACCCGCUGCUGCCUCCUAAGUCGCUGGUGUGACGAUUGCUUGAUAUCACAAACCCCCCCCGCCCCCC